AUGAAGCUGUCGACUGAUCCACAAAGCAUCGCCGCUAGGCAACGACGCCGCAGAAUCAGUGACAGGUUCAAGAUUUUGCAGAGCCUGGUUCCUGGUGGAUCAAGAAUGGAUACAGUGUCUAUGUUGGAAGAGGCAAUUCAGUAUGUCAAGUUCCUCAAAACACAGAUUUUGAUUCAUCAGACGGCCAUGAUCAACUUCGCAAAUGAUGAUCCAACGCUGUAUCUUCAACCAAAUUCACUUCCAUUUCAUUAUCAGAGUGAUCAUGAUCUGUGUCCCGAAAAUAAUUACUCAGGGCAUCAAAUUGAGCAAUCCCCAAAAGUUGGGUUACCAAAUUCUUGCUUUCAUGGUGAAGAAAUUAUGCCUGUUGAUGCAUACUGCUACUACUAG